AUAAUGAAAAAAGAUCAGAGAGCCAGGGGACAGCCCCAGACUUCCAGAAGAAGCUGCAAGAUGCUCGUGUGGCAGAGGGCAAGAAGCUGCUGCUUCAGUGCCAGGUGUCUUCUGACCCCCCAGCCACCAUCACCUGGACGCUGAAUGGAAAGACCCUCAAGACCACCAAGUUCAUCAUCCUCUCCCAAGAAGGCUCACUCUGCUCCGUCUCCAUCGAGAAGGCACUGCCUGAGGACAGAGGCUUAUACAAGUGUGUAGCCAAGAAUGACGCUGGCCAGGCUGAGUGCUCCUGCCAAGUCACUGUGGAUGAUGCUCCGGCCAGUGAGAACACCAAGGCCCGGGAGAUGAAAUCCCGGAGGCCCAAGAGCUUUCUUCCUCCUGUGCUAGGAACAGAGAGUGAUGCAACUGUGAAAAAGAAACCUGCCCCCAAGACGCCUCUGAAGGCAGCAAUGCCCCCUCAGAUCAUCCAGUUUCCUGAGGACCGGAAGGUCCGUGCAGGAGAGUCAGUGGAGCUGUUUGGAAAAGUGGCCGGCACCCAGUCCAUCACCUGUACCUGGAAGAAGUUCCGAAAGCAGAUCCAGGAGAGCGAGCACAUGAAGGUGGAGAACAGUGAGAACGGCAGCAAGCUCACCAUCCUGGCCACGCACCAGGAGCACUGCGGCUGCUACACACUGCUGGUGGAGAACAAGCUGGGCAGCAGGCAGGCCUAGGUCAACCUCACUGUCGUGGAUAAGCCAGACCCCCCAGCCGACACACCUCGUGCCUCUGACAUUCGGAGCUCCUCACUGACCCUGUCCUGGUAUGGCUCCUCGUAUGAUGGGGGCAGUGCUGUACAGUCCUAUGGCAUCGAGAUCUGGGACUCAGCCAACAAGACAUGGAAGGAACUAGCCACAUGCCGCAGCACCUCUUUCAACGUCCAGGACCUACUGCCUGAUCAUGAGUAUAAAUUCCGUGUACGUGCAAUCAGUGUAUAUGGAACCAGUGAGCCAAGCCAGGAGUCCGAACUCACAAGAGUAGGAGAGAACCCUGAAGAGCCGAAGGAUGAAGUGGAAGUGUCAGAUGAUGAUAAGAAGGAGCUUGAGGUUGAUUACCGGAUGGUGACAGAUAACGAACAAAAAGUAUCUGACUUCUAUGACAUUGAAGAGAGAUUAGGAUCUGGGAAAUUUGGACAGGUCUUUCGACUUGUAGAAAAGAAAACUCGAAAAGUCUGGGCAGGGAAAUUCUUCAAAGCAUAUUCAGCAAAAGAGAAAGAGAAUAUCCGGCAGGAGAUCGGCAUCAUGAACUGCCUCCACCACCCCAAGCUGGUCCAGUGUGUGGAUGCCUUCGAAGAAAAGGCCAACAUUGUCAUGGUCCUGGAGAUCGUGCCAGGGGAUGAGCUGUUUGAGCGCAUCAUUGAUGAGGACUUUGAACUGACGGAGCGCGAGUGCAUCAGGUACAUGCGGCAGAUCUUGGAGGGGGUGGAGUACAUCCACAAGCAGGGCAUUGUGCACCUGGACCUCAAGCCCGAGAACAUCAUGUGUGUCAACAAGACAGGUGCCAGGAUCAAGCUCAUUGACUUUGGUCUGGCCAGGAGGCUGGAGAACACGGGGUCUCUGAAGGUCCUCUUUGGCACUCCGGAGUUUGUGGCUCCUGAAGUGAUCAACUAUGAGCCCACUGGCUAUGCCACAGACAUGUGGAGCAUCAGCGUCAUCUGCUACAUCCUGGUCAGUGGCCUUUCCCCCUUCGUGGGAGACAACGAUAAUGAAACCUUGGCCAAUGUUACCUCAGCCACCUGGGACUUCGACGACAAGGCAUUCGAUGAGAUCUCCGAUGAUGCCAAGGAUGUCAUCAGCAGUCUGCUAAAGAAAGAUAUGAAAAACCGCCUGGACUGCACGCAGUGCCUUCAGCAUCCAUGGCUAAUGAAAGAUACCAAGAACAUGGAGGCCAAGAAACUCUCCAAGGACCGGAUGAAGAAGUACAUGGCAAGAAGGAAAUGGCAGAAAACGGGCAAUGCUGUGAGAGCCAUUGGAAGGCUGUCCUCUAUGGUAAUGAUCUCGGGGCUCAGUGGCAGGAAAACCUCAACAGGGUCACCAACCAGUCCACUCAAUGCAGAAAAACUAGAAUCUGAAGAAGGUGUGUCCCAAGCUUUCCUUGAGGCCAUUGCUGAGGAAAAGCCCCAUAUAAAACCCUAUUUCUCUAAGACCAUUCGUGAUUUCGAAGCUGUGGAGGGAAGUGCUGCUAGAUUUGACUGCAAGAUUGAAGGAUACCCGGACCCCAAGGUUGUCUGGUUCAAAGAUGACCAGUCAAUCAGGGAGUCCUGCCACUUCCAGAUAGACUACGAUGAGGACGGGAACUGCUCUUUAAUUAUUAGUGAUGUUUGCGGGGAUGAUGGUGCCAAGUACACCUGCAAGGCUGUCAACAGUCUUGGAGAAGCCACCUGCACAGCAGAGCCCAUUGUGGAAACAAUGGAGGAAGGUGAAGGGGAACGGGAAGAGGAAGAAGAGUGAAUCAAAGCCAGACAAAAGCAAUUUCUAAGUCAUAUUAAAAGGACUAGUUCUCUAAAACUCAAAAAAA